AUGGAUGUACCAGGCCCGCUUUCUCCCUCCUUGCGAGGUCGACCACAAGCGGCGCCGUUAGGUCCUCGGACACGAAUUGUUUCAAGCUCUCGUUCUCAUCGAGAGUCAACCCAAUUUUUACGCGAAGCUGCUCCCGUUUAUACCCCGCCAGACUCGGAAACGAAAUUAACUCUGCCCACUGUUGUAGAGAGAAUUCACGAAGCAAACGAAAGUCAAGAGGAAAUAACCCGUUCAACACCACCACCACCUUCUUCACCCAGCAUACAGGACACGACACUACUCAAUGUCAAGGCUGUACCUCGAGUUGCAGCGCUGACCCCCCCCUCCCCAAAUCAAAUUCGAGUCAACGCCAGUCCAGUGGAAGGGAUUGCCUUUGGAUGCCGCGCUAUGGACUCUGGACUCCAAGGAACUGCAAGAGAUCGUUUCGCGCGCAAUUCGAAUGCCUUGCCCGAUGAACUGACGCGUCUGGACAAUCUCAAGUCAGUGACCCAGUCCAAAUACCGGUUUACUGUCCAGCGUCGCACAAUGCUUCUGCAAGCCCUGCAGUCUUUCUCGAGCUACCACGACAAGGAGGGUAUCAGCAAACUAACUAGUCAGCUUGCCCAGACGACGAACGAAUGCGACCAACUGUUGGGGGAGCUGCUCCAGAUAGCCGACCAAAUUGCGCAAAUCCACCGCCUCCAAGAUACGCAUUCGGCUAGUGCACUGGCAAUUGCUCUUCGAAAGCUUAAUAGCAGUUAUGGACGACGAACCGCUGAUUUGUUGAAAUCAAAAGAAAAAAUACGCGCACUUGAGGCGGAACUUGGCGAUGCUUGGCAACAAGCGGAAAAACUAGCGAAAGAGAUGGACGAAUUGGAGGUUGUGUCUGACGACGACGAGGCAGUAAUCGAGGUUGCUGAAGUUGUUUCCCUUAACCACCGAAAAUCCCCUUCAGGUUCUUCCGGUCCAAGUUUACAGCGCUCUCUCGGCGAAGUCAUCGCUUUAUCACAACCAAGUUCACCCAUAAGGAUACUCUCUUCCCCAUCUCCGACCCAGACGAGGUUACCGUCACCCUCUUUAUCGGAACUCGAGGCAUUGCCCGAAACUCCCCUUACCAUAGCUAUCCCGUUAACCGACUCACGCCCAUCGGACACAACCAGUCUUCGUAGCACAAAAAGCAUAAAGAGUACAAAAAGCACAAAAAGCAUCAGAAGCACUCGUAUAACUCGGAGUCAACGGACGAUUGACACAAGCCGCGUUAGCUCUGUUUCUGCUGCGCGAAGGCGUAGCCAACGCACAUCUUCAAGUAGCCUCCGAAUGCCAAGCAUCAGAAGCGCCCACAAGAAAGGCUCUCACCCUCCCGUGCCGUCUCUUCCUUCCUCCACAAGCCCUUCAACUCCAGACCGUCGCUCGUCACGAGUCGAGUCUUUCCUUGACUUUGGCUCCCGAGACGUGACUGACGAAGAUACCGACGAAACCGAGUCGCCAAUGGAACAGAGCGCCAUUGAAGACAUACAAGUAGUUGCACGCACACCUCCACCUCUAAUCCAAACCCAGGAUGAUAUCCACGUAAUGCCCAGUAGAAGUGCAGCAGAAAGAGACUUGGUUGCAACACUACCGUCACAGUUCUCACUCGACCGACAGCACCCAUUUGCAAACGAAGAAUCUGUAAACCACUCGAUCCCAUCUAUGUGGCUUCUACGAGAGACGCCCACAACCAUUGACAUCAGUGAACGCGGCGAAUCGCCGAUGCGUGACCGUGGGCAUGUAAAGGGGUCUCUCCAACGACUAAAAUCACUGACGAAACGAUACUCCUUACCUUUUGGGCCUGCGGCCAUCCAAGCGCGGUCCAAGUCUGCUCGUAACGUGACAGGCUUAUAA